AUGGGCCAGUGUGUAUCCAGCGGCGGCGGCGACAGCACGACCGCCACCAACGCCAACAGCAGCCAGCCAGAACCCCGCUGUCAGGCGCCUGGCUGUCAGAGGUCCAACGAUCCGACCUCGAGCUCGCGAUACUGCGCGCAACACGCCGCCCUGUGCAGGAGGCAGGGAUGUACGAGGCCACGAUAUCGAAAGGGCCCGUAUUGUCAAGAGCACCUCUAUACGUGUCGAGUGUCCAAGUGUUCGAAUGACCAGGCCAAGGUCAUCGACGCCUGGUUCACCAACAACUCAUGCCUCGAACACCAGCCCGAGGACGUCCUCCGCGCUUAUUUCUACGGUGACGCCGCGGAACCCGACUUAUUAUCCUCUGGCGCGCAGCAGCAGCAACAAGUCAACAACAAUAACCACAGACAACGCGCCCGCCGUCGUCGUUCACGCCCAAAGUCUAAACCAAUCCCUGUCCCGGCCGCCGCGCCCUCGGACGAACGGUCAUCGGAUUCAGACGACGAGAACGACGCGACCGCCCACCGACUCUCGACGGUGCUCUCGACGAUAGGAGAAGACGCCGCCGCCGGCGACGUCGACCCCCUGCGACCAUCCAUCAUGAAGCUGGCCGAAGACCCGAGAGACGCCGACGAGCCCACGACCCCUCGCCGCAGCCAGAAGACGGUCCACUUCGCGGACUCCCCCCCGCGGCCGUCCACCGCAGAGAAACGCCCCGUCGUGGCCGAGGUCUGGUGGACCACGGAGCCCCCCGCGAACGGGCAGCCGCAGCCGCCGCCGUCUCAUCGGCUCCGGACCUCGCGAAACCGCCGUAGCCUCGACGGUCGGCGCCAGUCUCCCAGGACCUCGAGCAGCGCGGUCACCGUGGCCGGGCACGGCCGCGAGAGGCGUUAUCACCCCGGCGGCGGCGGCGGCAGCGGCAACAACAGCAGCAGCAGCAGCAAAGCGGCCGACGGGAAGCGAACGACCAGGACAAGGUCUAACCGCUGA